AUGGGUUCUGUCAAUUCCACUGGAAAUAAGUGGGAAAGGACCUUAGCCGCUGAUCUCCCGGAAGAUGAAAAGUAUUUCGGCCUCGAGAACUUUGGGAACACCUGCUACUGCAAUUCCGUUCUGCAGGCGCUCUACUUUUGCGAACCGUUUCGAAAAGCUGUCCUCGAUUAUGCGGGGGAGCGGCGAAUAUCACAAAGCGUCGCCGUCGAGACCACCGAAGCUGCGUCGUCAGCUAGUGAAACAAUGCUUACUGCUUUGGCCGAUUUGUUUACUCAAAUAGCGACGCAGAAGAAGCGGACGGGUACCGUUCCACCAAAAUCGUUUGUGAGCAAGCUCCGGGAAGAAAACGAGCUGUUUUCGAGCUACAUGCAUCAAGACGCACACGAAUUUCUCAACUUUAUCUUAAAUAACGCCCCACCAAACGGUUUACUUUCCAACAGCACUUACGACAAGCUCUCAGGGGAUGAAAUCUCCAGUAAGACUUUCGUGCAUGAUUUAUUUGAAGGGCAACUCUCAAACGAAGUGAGAUGCCUGUGUUGCGAAACGGUCACUCGCAGAGUUGAAUCUUUCUUUGAUCUCAGCGUUGACGUGGAACAAAAUUCAUCCCUCACGGCAUGCCUGCGCAGUUUUUCAUCCACUGAGCUUCUUGAAAAGCAAGACAAAUUUUUCUGUGACGCAUGUUGCUCGUUGCAAGAAGCAGAAAGACGAAUGAGAAUCAAAAAGCUGCCGCGUGUGCUUGCGCUACAUUUGAAACGAUUCAAAUAUAUCGAUCAAUUGGGCAAGUAUAAGAAGCUGAGCUACCGGGUAGUGUUCCCUCUCGAGCUUAGGUUAUGUAACACUAGCGAUGAUGCGGAGGAUCCAGACAGGUUGUACUCGCUAUUUGCCGUCGUAGUACAUGUAGGUUCAGGUCCAAAUCAGGGGCAUUAUGUCUCCUUGAUCAAGUCGCACGGUCAAUGGCUGAUGUUUGACGACGACUGUGUGGAGCCCAAGGACGAAAGCGAGAUUCAAAGUGUCUAUGGAAUAACACAAGACAAUGCACAAAGUACUGAAGCUGGAUAUAUUCUUUUCUAUGAGCAAAAAUCCUAAAUGUAAACUGUUUGACGCCUGAGAAUUCAACUUGUACAACUGCAGAGGUUGCAUCAGGCUGA